AUGGCACGUCAACCUCUUGGAGGACGUUUGCGUGAAUCAAGCGUUACAAGUGGUCGUACAUUGAAAUUUGUGAAGGAAAUAGGCUCGACCACGUCUCUUUCAAGCGCAGCAGGAAUUGUAGCUGGAACCGGAAUACUGAGUGGUGCGUCACCAUUUGGCCAACAUGCUGCUUCAACCAUACGUGAUAGCCGUGAACGUGAAAAAAAAGAAAUGAGUGACCUCAACGAUCGAUUAGCAACUUAUAUCGAGAAAGUGCGUUUUUUGGAAGCCCAAAAUCGGAAAUUAGCCGCUGAUUUGGAUCUCUUACGUGGAAAAUGGGGAAAGGAUACAUUUAACAUCAAGCAGAUGUAUGAAGGAGAACUUUUAGAGGCGAGUAAAUUAAUUGGAGAAACAGCGAAACAACGCGAUGAUUUAGAUAAGCAAAUUCUUAAAAUGCAAGAUGAAUUGAACCAAUAUCGAAAAAGAUAUGAGGAUUUUUUGCGAGUUGGUGAAAUGGAUCGCAAGAAAAUUGAUGAGAUGUUUGUGCAACUUUCACAGCUCGAAGCAGACACAAAUACUUUGCGACGUCGCAUUACAGAAUUAGAAGAGGAAGUAAUGCGUAUGAAGAAAGAAAAUCAGCGACUGAUAGGCGAAUUACAACGAACACGAACUGAUGUCGAUCAAGAAACUUUAAAUCGAAUCGACUAUCAAAAUCAAGUACAAACACUUUUGGAAGAAGUUGAUUUUAUUAAACGUGUCCAUGAACAAGAAAUACGUGAACUGCAAAGUCUAGCAGCUCGUGAUACUACACCCGAAAAUCGAGAAUUUUUCAAGAAUGAACUUGCCUCUGCUAUUCGGGAUAUACGCGCUGAGUACGAUCAGGUAAAUCUUUUUUUGUUUUUCAUAAACCUCAGAUUUAUGUAAUC